CCCACCACAUUAAGACUAUGUGUGUGUCAGUAGUCUUUCUUACAGACAUCUGACUGUCAGGCCAAAGACUGUCUUAUCCUGAGAUUUAUACAACGCCCAGUCAGGACAAAAGCUGACCUGUGUGGUGUGCCACAGACAUGUGCAGGAAAAGGAAAAAGAUCCUGUCUAAUCCAUUGUAUAACUUGCUCAGCUCCUGAGGAUGCCAUGUCUACGCCAGUUGGUGGGCUUAGCAGCUUUAAGUGACCAGGAAGCCAGAGGUGAACUUCUCCCAGUAAAAUGAUUUUCAUUAUCACCAGCAAAGGGAAAAUAGAGCUGUUCACCUAUUUUCCUCAUUUCUUUAUGUAUGAAUGCUACAGCAGAGACUAGCUUGUUCAGAAUGACAGUGGUAGAGAAUGAGAUUAGAGAUUCUGGUCUGCAUAUUCAUUAUUAGGUAAUGUAAACUCCAUUGGUGUAUCUGCUCAUUUUUAGUAAAAUAAAACUAGUAUUUUAAAAACUAGGAACCUGAAGUUGGUUCUUAAGUGGAUAUUCAGAUUACUGUGGCUAACUUUGGCAGUGCCACAUAGACUGCAUCUCCCUGUGGCAACUUAAGGCUCCUGAAAAUUUGGUUUGGUAGCCACCUUUAAAUUCUGUACUUUUAUAUAUAUAUUUUUGAAACCAAGCACAAGCAUAUUCAGGAAAUUAUGUGACAUUCAGUAAUGUGACAUUUAUCCCUAUUCAUAACGUUUAAUGCCAAGGAAAAAUGAUAGUGUUACACACAACCUACUGGCUGAUCCUUUUGACAUUGCAGAAAUCUGAUAGUUUGGUUUUUCCCCUCUAUUUUUAUAGUUCUCUGCAGCUUGAUCCUUGGCAAAAGCACAUGACAGACAAUAAUUGCAGAACACUAACAAAAGAAACAAGACAGGGUGAAAGAUUUGAGACAGGAGAUAGGAGUUAGCAGGAAUACGAAGGAAAGACUUAAUAGUCUCUCCUGGAAUACACUGCAAGUUGCUGGACACGUUAGCCAGGUGGCUGCUGGUGAAACUAGCAGGACGGUUUAAGAAGAGGCCGUUUUCAGGUAGUCCUAAAUACCAGACUGUGUGAGAAUAUGCAACAGAACCUGGGAGUGUUCCUGGUGCAUGUCAGCAUUCAGUUAGCAUCACUAGCUGAGACCAGUGUGGAAGCUAUCCAUAACUGCCAAAGGAGGGUGAGAAGAAACUAGUUGAGAUGAUAUACCUGCUUAAACUGCUAACUUGCCCCUGAAAGAAGGCAGUAGUAGAGGGAAUGCUGAGUACGGUUCAGCUGACUUGGUCAAAAUGCCAGUAGGAAUGAUUCACUGUGUGACUCACAAGGAAGAAGAGUUGCUGCUAGCCUGGGACCGUGGCUGGUUUCUGCUGAGCAGUGCAAGGCAUGGACUGCCACUGCUUGCCUGAGAAGUUCAUACAAAAAAGCAUUUUCAACCAUAUGAAUUAUCAUUUUACUUCAGAUAUAUUUCAAGCCACAGAACUUUUUUCUAAAUUUAGCACCUGAAAGAAAAAGUUUUUCAUACUUGUUUAGGUGCCAGUAGAUGGCACACAGUCUUCCUGCUUAUGCAGUUAAUAUGCAGUAAAAAAGUCCUGCGGAAGCAAUCCCACAGGAGUUAUUGAACUGUUAAUAAGAAAGCAGUGACGGCAUAGUGCACAAAUGCUGUUCAGCCCUGUUUGGGCUUCUCAUGUGUUUGUAUUGUUAUGGUUCCAGACUGCUAAUACCCUAAGCCUCAGGCUCUAACUUGAGCAGGAAAGGUUUAUUUUUGGAAGAAGAAUUUUUCCCAUAGACAAGUGCCUGCAAUACCAACUUUUUUUUUUUUUUUUUUUUUAAUGAACCGUACAGUAAAACUUACACUAAAGUGAAAAGAUUUGGCUCAAAACAGCAUUGUACUACUGAGAAAGGAAUAGUCAGAACCCAGACUAAUGUCUGUACAUUGAGAUGCACUGCACCGCCAACAGCAUGUCUAGGAGGUGGCAGUGGAGAAGAGAUGGAGCUGGGUGGCUUGUGCAUGGACAGACAAAACGGUCUGGCUAACAUGCAGUUCUGUGGGUGCACAGCCACUGUAAGGCUGAAAAGCCAAACUGGGCUGAUCUGCUGUGUGGCCACUCAGGAAGAGGCUGCACAAGCCAUGAGGCUUGGUACAAUUGAGGCAGCUGCUGGGAGGAGCAUGUGGAAGAGGAGGGUAGCACAUUGGAGGGCUCACUUUUGGGCAUCCAAUGUAUUGUUGUAGUUAUGAGACUGAAAAUGUCUCAUAAUCAUUAAUCUCUGUGAAAGAUGUAUCGAGUAAUGCUCUCUGGAAAUCUACACUGGAGCACUGACAUGUGGGCUGGUUGUUGUAAAAACCAUCAUUGAAAUCCAAGAUAUGAGACACCCUAUCCUAAAAUUCACUUCUGCAUUGCCCUCUAAACUCCAUUGCACAAGGGCUUAGUUCAGCUUCCUGAACAUAUUUGCCUAGUGCUGUUAGAGGUGCCUGCAGUUACUUAGUCAUAUGGAAGAGGUGGAUUUGACACCAGACUUACUGAUGACCCACAUGCUCUGCCGGGGCAAAGGGAGGCCAUGAUGAUACCAGAGGGCACUCUCAGAUAACUGUGUGUGAUCACGUUUAAGUAACUGAACUGAGCCCGAUGACUACAUCUGCACUGACUGCACGACUGGGAAAGAUGAAUUUAGAUGCAGAAGCUGGCACUGCCCUCACUAAAACUUAAGCACAAGGGAUCUCACCCCAAAAAAGUCAAAUCAAGUGUCUGAUCCGAACUUCAUAUGUGCAGUCCAGGGAAAAAAUGAGAUAUAUCCCAUUGUGAUUUCUCUUCCAGGGUUCAGAGUUCCAGAAAGCAGCAUAUACCUUAGAUCAGGAGCCAAGGACAAACCCUGAGAGUUAUAUCUGUGGGUCAUGUUCUUUGACUUCAAUACCUCAUGUGGAUCUUCAAGUCCCAUGACUUGUCUCUGUUUAUUCCUUUACAUAUAAAAUAUUCUUUCUAGCCUACUUUCAUCAGGCUGUUUUUUAAGUUUAAUUAAUGCAGCAAGUCCAUUAUGCAUAUACAGUAAUAUUAUUAAUAUUUAUUGAAUAUUAAUAAUAUUAAUUAUUAAUAACACAAUGCAAUAAGUUAACUGAUUCUAACAGUCUUUUUGUCUUUUUUAGUGUUUAAUCUUACCACUUCAUGUGACUUUUUGAGUUACAGGCUAUCAUUAAAAUUCACGCUGGAUGUUGUCCAAAAACUUCAAGUAAGAAUGUUCUACAUACAGGGUUUUCCCCAAGAAAAUCUCAUCACUCAUUUAAAAGACAUCACUGAUUUCCAGCCCAGUGCUGACUCAGUGUGAGUAGAGAUUACAAAGACUGGUAGAAACUGGCACUGUAUUUCUGUUAAAGCCAGUAUAUGUUCAUAAGUGAAGGUAGGGUGGUGCCACCACAUUCCUGUCAUUCAGUCACAUUAAGUAUGUUACAUAAAAGAUGACAUUUCUUAGCACAGAAAGGGAGUGUGCUGUUCCUUUCAUUACGUAAUGUACAUAGGAAGAAGGUAAAUCUUCAGCAUCCGUUGAGUUCAGGGGGAACCACAAAGCUAUGAGGACUGGUCAGGCUCCUAGAGCAAAUGACAAAAACUGAACAACCCUUGUUUCUUAGUGAGAAGGUGAAGGCCUCCAUUGAAGUGGAGAUUCAGGGCUUGUUAUUACAGGUUUGCUUUGUGCUCCCAGUGGAUGGUGCUGCCUUUGCAGUUAUGUCCCCUGCAGCCCAUAUUCAUUCUACUCAAUGGAUCAGUGGGACCUCUCAGUUGGUCAUGGAAGGUUGAAAGGAAUUUGAUUUUUUUUCACCCAACACAAAGGAAAAAAGGAAAAAAGGAUAAAUUAAAGAAAAAUCUAUCUCCACGCAACAGACAUUUUUGGAAUUAAGAGAUCAAUAUGCAGUACUUCACACGUAUCUCAGUUAUCUUCCAGAAUAGGAAACGGAUGUUUAUAAACUGUGGACCUUGGACAGAACGAGGGUAUAAUUUCCCAUUAAACCUAACACUAUGUGUGUGUAGGUUGCAGCUAAGAGGGACAGUCCCACCCCUGCCUGUGGCUGUGUGCUCCCUUUGCCUCCUAUUUAGUGAUCACAGGGCUGCUAGAGAAUAUCGCUUCAGCUAAGCCAGCAGAAAUGAAGUACCUGCUGCUCCAAAUGAGUAGGAUUCCCUCAGACCAGUAAGCUGAACUGACUCAUCCUGCAUAGUCACUAGGUCCAGCACAAGAAGGAAGGGAACAAGAUGUUCUGGCUGAGAGAGAAGGAAGAGGGAAAGGAGGGGAGAAUGGGCCUAUCCUGACAGCAGCAGUCUGCGGUGGCACUGGUUAUGUGUAUCAGGAAACUAUACCAUUAAUAUGUCAAAUGAAUUAGCCGGGUGUACAAUACUGUUAUAAUUAUACUGCAGUUAUGCUAAGAAUAUGUGAUUUAAUAGACAAAAGAUAAUAGCAGCCCUAGAACCUGAUACCUUUUAUUCCAUCUUUUCAUAUGCAGCAGUACUUUUUAGGCAUUGUAAAUAGUCAUAACAUUUUAUAAUAGCAACUGAGAUUAAGGUUCCACUGUGAAAACAGGUAUUAAUGCACACUCUGUAGGCUCUCUAAGGAAACAAAGAACGUGUAAUAAAAGCUGUAGGGUAAAAAAACGGGUUAUCUUCCUCACUUUACAAAGCAAGAACUCAGGUAUGCCCCAGUUAAGGAAGCUGCUUAUGAUGAAGUAUAUGAACUCCUUUGGACAUCUGGAAAUUGAAUGUAUUUCUGUUAAAUACCUUCACAGAGUGAUCAUUAUAUAGUGAGGGCGAGCUUAAGUGGUGGCAAUCUGAAUGGGAACAGGCACUUUGGCAACAUUUCCAAACUAUCAGAUAAAGUGAUUUUUUAAGUUUUAUUUUCAGCCCCUUCAAGGCUGGGAAUUGGAUGCUUUUCUUUGAGUGUUAAUAAAUUAUGACACUUGGAUUUACAUCAUUAGUUCUGAACCACUGAAAUAUUUAUCUACCUCUGUGAAGUAUUAAAAAUUUUAAGACUUCAGUAUUUAAAAUUCUAAAGGAGGCCAAAUGGAGUUUUUUUAGUAUAAAUCUAUUUCUAAAACUUUCAGUUGGAGGCUUGUGACAAUUUUAACACAGCAAACUGGUAUUGUUUAAGCACUAACUACAAAGUCUGCCUCUGUCAUUGCAAUUCUAAAAUUGUCUCAGAAAAGUUAAUCAAGGUUAACUUGGAAUCACUUUUGCUAGCAUUUCCCAUAAUACGGGUUGUACAUCUUUGGGUAUAAGACAUGCCUUCAGAAUUUUGACACCGGAACAUGUAAUUGUAUCCAGUAGAGAAGUGGACUAGGAAAAAUUAAUUCAGAAGAAUUUGUGCUAGGAUAGUUAUGAAUUUCAGGAAUUUCCGGGGCUAAAUUUCUACAGGCGUGUUUUUGAAAUUCUGCAGACUUCUAAUAAGACAGGCCUAAUGCACUGAACAUCUUUUUAAAUUAAUCCACCAAGUUCAAUGGUGAAACGCUAUAAUCACGUCAGAAAACACCAAAAAAUGCAAUUCUGAGAGAGAAGUCGAAAUCAGAAUCUUAGGUUUAUAAUGAUGAACAGGUGUUUUCCUCAUGCCAGGUCUCAUGGGCCAACGCUGGAGACACCAUACCAGUGUGAUGCACCAUAAUCUGCUGAGGCAAAUCAUGUGCUCUUUGUAAGCUGCUGCAGAAAAUUUCACAUGUUUAACGAACAGAUCAAAUCAGGACUCACAAAACUCCGGUUUGAUAUACUGCAUCAGGCAUUCAUCGUUAGACAGAUUUCGUGAUGGUGGAGCAUGUAAACCCCAGCAUGGGUCUUGCUUACCCAGGCAUAGUUGAGAUGAGGAGCUGCUCACAAUUUCACCUGUGGAGGUAAGAACAAAAACCUGGGCUGCAGGGUCUCCCUCCUCUCCUGACUGUGGAGUCCUCUUUCAGGUUUUCUCUUAAACAAUCACUGUGAAAUAAGCUCUGGCUCUCUUGAAGUCAGUGGCAAAAUUCUCAUCACUUUUCCUUUCUUGACAGCCCUCAUCCCAAUUUUUUCUGACUGAUCCAGCCAAGCAGUCGACAGAAAGAAGCUGCUCUCCUCCCUCCUCCUGCCAUUUUUCCUGCUGCCCUGACCUAGGGGACUAGCUCUUGACUUUGGUGCCGAGUGCCUCAGUGCACUGGAAUUUACUGUCAGAAAGGAAACACUCCGACUGCUACAGGACACCAUGGGCAUGUGUUGCUUACACAGUAAUGUCACCCUUUGGGUCAUUGUAAGGCAGAAGGUAAAGCUGACAAGUGGUGUUUAUCUGUCAACGACAUCUUGUACAUGCCUUGAAGUGUCUCCAAGCCGACUGCCUUGGAAAAAAAAUGCAAUCUAGGCUUUAAAGUUUAAUCUUCCUUCGUCUUGCUACAUAGAGUAAGACCCCAUUUGUGGAUGCUACAUCUAUACAGAAAGUAUUUCUCAUCAGUUGUCAGCCAAGGUCACGUCUCAUUUACAUGGCAGAAAAGUAGAGUGCAUGACAGAGUAAGAAGGUCUUUCUUCCUGGCAGGUCCACAGUGCAAGGCUGUGAUUAAACUGAGCUGCCCAGGUAAAUCCAGGUGUCUUUCAUCAACACCAAUAAGUUCAGCAAAGUUGUCAGACAAAGAGGACCGCCUUCACAAAUUAGAUGGGGACUUAAAAAGUAAUAGAUGUCCUGAGAUUGAGCAUUCUUCCAUGCUGAGGUACUUGCCUAUCUUGCAAAAGCAGAAGUUGUGCAUUUUUCAGUUGUACAUUUUUAGACUUCCACUUGCCAGCGUGUUCUGUUAUUCUUAUUCAUAGAAAAGAAAAAAUGCUCUGCAGACUAUCAGUGAUAUCAAAAGAAGUAAAUUCACCAACAUCUAUAAUGUCCUAUUUUAAAUAGAAUAUGUGGCAAAGGCAGAAUGAGCACCAAAUGAAGUCACUAUGAUGCCAUUCUGCUGCAGACAUGGAGAACAGGAUUUCCAGGCCUUGUGCCUGGUGGUAGGGGACUUGAAUGGGGUUGGGCCCUGCCAAACCUCAUUCCAGUGUUCUCCUGGAGAAGUGGGCGUAUGGGUUGCUCCUGACGGGAGGAAAGGCUCCAUCUGCUUCUUAUCCUUCAUCCUUGGGCUCAGUAAAUAACUAUUUCCUAAAGUCUCCAAAUCUCCAAAUAUUAAAACUGUUGGAAAAUUAUUUUCUGUUAUGUAAGAUUUCAAAACUUUGGAUUCUUUAUUAGUACAAAACCAGGAUGCUGUUUAUUUUUGAAAGAAAACACACAGACAUGCCAGCAUUUUGGGGGUUAUUUCCAGAUUUUGUUGUGUGUGGACUGGGAAUCCUUUCCCAUUCUCAUCUAAACUGACUGUUUCUGUCCAGCAUUCUUAUUUCAAUUGAUCAGCUUUUCUCAAUAUUAACAAAACCUUUCAGUGGAAAAAAUUUAAAUAGAAUCGGACUAUCUCAAGUUGGAAGGGAUCCAUAAGCAUCAUCAGGUCCAACUCCCUGCUACUCACAGGACUGCCUAAAACUAUUAUGACUAAAACCGUCAUUUGGUUAAAAAGUUUGAUUAAAGAUUUGUCUCUGAGGUCUUCUGGGAAUGUCCUGAUCCUUUGCCUUGGUGACAAGAUGAAAUUUUUUCUCUGGUAACAAACAGACAGUGACUUACUAGAAUAGAGCCUGAAGUAAGUGAGGGAGUUCAGUCCUAGGAAUAGCAGCAAAUAUGAAGUUAUGGAUGCAGAUCUAGCAGCUGCAAGAGCAAAUAAGGGUUUGGAUGUUUGACCAAAGGAAUUUAUUAAAAACAGAUGAGAGAGAAUGAUUUAAUUAUCUGACGCCUUGGUUAGCUGCUCUUUGGAAACUGCUCAAGGAGCUGAACAGAGUUAAAAUAGGAUACUCAUGUUUUGGAAAGAGACUGCAGAAGAUUAAUUGGGGCAGGCAUGGAAGGGAAAGGCUCAGAAAGCUUAGCAUGUCUGGCCUCUGAGGUGGCUGAGAAGAGGGCUUACGGUGGUACACAAAAGCCACACUGCAAUGAGGAUAAAUUUUGGUCAGAAGAUGUUCCCUUUAUGGAAGGGCAAAAUGCAAGGUCACAAGCUAACUUACAGAAGGAGAAUAUCAAGCUGGGAGAAGAGAUGUUUCCAUCCAGAGACAUGAGGCAGCCUGUGCAAACAGGGGUGAUUUUAGCAAUAGGAUUAGUUAAUGAAAGGAUGGCUGGGGAUGGCACAGCAUCUAGUUGUACCUACUGAGGUACAGGAGGUGGGCUAGAAACAAGGCGGAGCUCAGCUCUUUCCAUCUCGUGGUUUCUGUGAAGGGUCUGGCUCAGUCAUUUGGCAAGUGGGCUGGUGGCUGAGUUGGAAGGUGGUUUGUGGCCUUUUCACUUGCUCGGGAGUUGUGUGUUCAGCAAAGAGGAGCUAAAUGCUUCCUUUUCUGGCUCAGCUCCUUCACAAGAUGAGUUGCAAUCAAAUCAGCUGAUUACCAUAUAUAGGGAAGCAGAGCAGGACUGCAGGGAAAAAAAUGCUUAAAAAUCUGAACUUCACAGAAUGAAUAGAUAAAUGCAUUUAUUAACAAAGUUUACAGGUUGGGUGGAUAGGUAAUUGUAAGCAUGUUUAGAUAUCUCUGUGAUCCAAGAAGCAUAAGCUUAGAAUAGAAAAAAACAACAAAAACACACCCCACCCCCCCAAAGUCAGACAUUUCCUUCUUUUCAGUUUUUUCCUUCUUUUUUUUAAUCAGUCUUAAAGCAGUUUGGACAAUUGUUAGCCAAAAUCAACACCUCUCUUGUAUGCAGUGAUAAAACAAGCUUGGUGAUACCAUGCACUCUGCAAACAUGGAGAAGUAUAAGAAGGCAAGCUCUGAAUGACAUCUAUCCAAUGGCACCAAUGUACUAAUAAUUGUUACAGCAUAAGCAAGAUGGGGUCAACAUGAUGACAACAUUUAUGCAGGAAGAAAAAUAAACUGAAAUGACUAAGCUGUCUUAGAUUGGAGUAUAGAGUAUCUGUACAUGAUUGAGUCAUGGACUCAGUUGGGGAUUAGACUGAAACAAAUAAAACAUGGCUUACUUUCUUGGGAAAUAAACUGCUUUCUCUGUCACUGCUAGUGCUAAGGUACACUGAAAUAUCAUGGUCUAAAUCUACCCCAGUGGCAUCUUCUGUAAUACUAUUAAAAAAUACAUUAUAGGAAAGUUGCAACACUGGAUUUUUUUAUCAGAUUAGAAGAGAACGUAACAUGAAAUGCAAUUAAUUAUACAAGUAUAAUGUAAGGGUAGGAAAGAAUGAAAGGAUAAGAAAAUUUCCAGAUAGUUGCUGCUCCACAGUUUCAAUUUAUUUCAUGCAGAUAGAGAGCCUUUUGCUUGCACUCUCAGCUAGCUGGCCUUUAGAAAACAGAGACCUCAAGAAACACACAUCUCUCCACACACCACAAAGCAACUAUAGUAUUUCACGAUUUUUUUCUACCCAUAACCCAUCUUCCUCCCUUGUUGCCUAGCAGAGGUUAUGAAGACAAUUUAGUUUUUCUAGCUAUGUCUAUACCCAUAAAUAAAAGAGGGCUAGAGCACAAGUUCAGGUGUUGUUCUGUGAUUAUCCAUGCUAGGGGAUGGUUAGUGUGUUCUCUGGUAGCAUUUUGGCUCCGGCCAGCUAGCACUCUCCCACCUAUGCCUAAGCAUAGCUCAGGCACAUGCUAGCAACCAUUCCCUGUGUACAUUUUGGCUGCAGUCUCCUGCUUUUGGGGUAGAGAAGGAGUUUUGCUGUACAGAUGAGAACCACACACUUUCAACUUGGCCACUGGGCCUGUGAGUGGUCUCAGUACUGAUUUAUUUAGUAGCAUGAAAGUGCUCUAUGAGUUAGAUUAUGUCUUCCUUAAUAUCCUUUUUCCUCCUCCUGUAAAGGAAGCUCUUUAAAGCUGCAAGGAUAAGCACUGGUCUCCAAUCCUUUCUCACUGUCAGAUUGCAAUAGAAGUCCUCUCUAACCCAUCCAGUGCUAGACUGUGACCAUAUUUAAUCCUGUUUGUAUUAACAGGAAUCUCCAGACACGUAGUUCUCGGCACCUCUUGGCACAUGAUGGGUAAAAUGCAAAGACACCUGUCUUAGAAGGGGACACUAAGGAAACACCAUGCUGGAAUCAGCAGUUACUCUUCAUCCUCCUCUUAUUCCAGUUGCAGUAUAUAAAGCAGAGGAAUUCUUCUUACCCUCUGCUUGUCACACUGAUCUGCAUACUCUCUCAGCUGGACUUGGGGCUACUACUUACUGCAUCUGAAGGGCUGAAACUCACUGGAAAUAAAGAAUUCUUGUAAAAAUGCCGGAACCCACCAAGAAAGAGGAGACUGAAACUGAAAGUGCACCGCCACCUCCAGAACAAAAAACAUCGCAGGAGGGUGAAACUGGAAAGGGUAAAGACGAAGAUGACACAUCAGGUAGUACUCCACCAGCAGAUGGGAUGUCUAAGCCAGCGGAAAGAAAAGAUUCAGUAUGGUCUAUUGGAGAAGGAGCUCCAGAAGAGACAGAAAAACGCGAUGACGCCCAAAGGUCCACUUUAUUCGUCGAAAAACCUCAGAGCGGUUCAGUGAGCGUUGGUGGGAAUAUUACAUUUAUAGCCAAAGUGGAAGCCAAAGAUCUUCUCCGAAAGCCAAAUGUUAAGUGGUUUAAAGGAAAAUGGAUGGACCUAGCCAGUAAAGCGGGGAAGCACCUGCAGCUGAAAGAGUCCUUUGAACGUCACACUAAGAUUCACACGUUUGAGAUGCAUAUCAUUCAAGCUAAGGAAAAUUAUGCAGGGAACUAUCGCUGUGAAGUAUCUUAUAAGGACAAGUUUGAUAGUUGCUCUUUUGAUCUCGAAGUCACUGAAUCUUCCCAAGCUGCCCCAUCCAUUGACAUCAGAUCUGCUUUCAAAAGAAGCGGUGAUGGACAAGACGAUGCAGGAGAACUUGACUUUAGUGGUCUCCUGAAACGUAGGGAGGUCAAACAGCAAGAAGAAGAACCUGAGGUAGAUGUGUGGGAGCUCCUGAAGAACGCAAAUCCCAGUGAAUAUGAGAAGAUUGCUUUUCAGUAUGGUAUCACUGACCUGAGAGGCAUGUUAAAGCGUCUGAAGCGCAUGCGCAGGGAAGUGAAGAAGAGUGCAGCUUUUGCCAAAGGUCUUGAUCCUGCAUAUCAGGUGGACAAAGGAGGUAAAGUAAGGUUCAUGGUGGAGCUAGCAGAUCCAACAGUGGAACUCAAGUGGUAUAAAAAUGGCCAAGAAAUACGACCAAGUGCAAAAUACAUUUUUGAGCACAAAGGUAACCAGAGAAUUUUAUUCAUCAAUAAUUGUUCGAUGACAGACGAUGCUCGCUAUUACGUAACAGCUGGUGAUGAGAAAUGCUCCACAGAACUGUUUGUGAGAGAUCCUCCAAUUUUGGUGACCAAAGGCCUGGAGGAUACUAGUACCUAUGUGGGUGAACGAGUAGAACUGAGCUGUGAAGUGUCCGAGGAUGAUGCAAAUGUGAAAUGGUUUAAGAAUGGUGUAGAACUUACCAAUGAACCUAAAUCUCGUUACCGAAUCAAGGUUGAGGGUAAAAAACACACUUUGAUCAUAGAGGAAGCCGCAAAAAAUGACAGUGCAACCUACUCAGUAAUGACAACUGGAGGCCAAUCUGAAGCUAAGCUUUCAGUUGAUUUGAGACCACUGAAGAUCCAACUUGCACUAGAAGACCAGACUGUGAGGCUUGGACAGGAAAUCCAUCUGAAGUGUGAGAUAUCUGAGAACGUCGAAGGGAAAUGGUACAAAAAUGGGCAACUGGUUGAAGCUAGUGACCGUGUAAAGCUUUAUCACAAAGGAAGAAUCCACAGAUUUGUUAUAGCGAGUGCUGCUGUUGAUGAUGAGGCUGAAUACAUGUUUGUACCAGAUGCCUAUAAUAUUAACAUUCCAUGCAAAGUACAUGUUGUGGAUCCUCCUAAACUCCACCUGGAUGGUCUUGGGGAAGGUAACACUGUGACAGUAGUGGCAGGAAGCAAACUACGACUUGAGAUCCCCAUCACUGGCGAGCCAACUCCAAAAGUCAUGUGGAGUAAAGGGGACAAGUGGCUCACAGACAGUGGAAGAAUACGGGCAGAAACAUACUCAGACAGCAGCUGUCUGGUCAUAGAUACAGCUGAGAGGGAGGAUUCAGGUCCUUUCAGAAUAACGUUAAAGAAUGAGGCUGGAGAGGACACAGCUUUAAUCAACAUUAAAGUGGUUGAUGUCCCUGAUCCUCCUCAGGCACCAAAUGUGACUGAGGUGGGUGAAGACUGGUGUGUUAUGACCUGGGAACCUCCAGCAAAUGAUGGUGGAUCACCCAUCUUAGGAUAUUUCAUUGAAAGGAAAAAGAAACAAAGCUCCAGGUGGAUGAGGCUGAAUUUUGAACUGUGUAAAGAAACAACUUUUGAGCCAAAGAAGAUGAUUGAAGGUGUUGCUUAUGAGGUCCGUGUAUUUGCUGUUAAUGCAAUAGGCAUUUCCAAGCCAAGUAUGCCUUCUAAGUCCUUUGUUCCUUUAGCUGUUACUAGUCCACCAACUCUCCUGGCAGUGGAUGGAGUGACUGACACCUCAGUUACAAUGAAAUGGAGGCCACCAGACCACAUUGGAGCAGCAGGGUUAGAUGGCUAUGUUGUAGAGUACUGCUUCGAAGGAAAUGGAUUCUCACAAGGUAUAUCGACAGAUCUGUCUGAGGAAUUGCUGGAGCCACCUUUUAACCUGGAAGCUGAUGAAUGGAUUGUGGCUAACCCGGAGCUGACAGACAAAACGAAGUUUACUAUCAAUGACCUGCCGACUGGCUCAAAAAUCCUUGUGAGAGUUAAAGCUGUGAAUGCUGCUGGUGAAAGUGAGCCCAGGUACCACCCACAGCCUAUUUUAGUCAAGGAAGUGAUAGAACCUCCAAAGAUUCGUCUACCAAGACACUUGAAACAAACCUAUACUCGAAGAGUUGGAGAAACUGUGAAUCUUGUUAUUCCUUUCCAGGGAAGACCAAGAGCAAAAGUGUCAUGGCAGAAAAAUGGUUCUCCAAUCGACAAGAACGAUAUCAACAUCCGCAACACUGAGAAUGACACUAUCAUUUUCAUCCGAAAAGCAGAAAGGAGCCACUCAGGCGAAUAUGACAUGAAAGUGGAAGUAGAGAACUUGGAGGACAAAGCUACAAUAGAUAUUCAGAUUGUUGAUCGCCCAGGCCCACCAGAGGUUGUAACUAUUGAGGACGUCUGGGGAGAGAAUGUAAAUUUAUCAUGGAAGCCACCAAAAGAUGAUGGCAAUGCUGCCAUUACUGGGUACACUAUUCAAAAAGCAGAUAAGAAGAGUAUGGAAUGGUUCACAGUAAUGGAGCACUACCACCGCACCAGUGCCACCAUUAACGAGCUCAUCAUAGGAAACGAGUACUACUUCCGGAUCUUCGCUGAAAACAUGUGCGGCCUCAGCGAGGAUGCAACGAUGACCAAAGAGAGUGCUUUGAUUGCAAAGGAUGGUAAAGUCUACAAAUACCCAGUUUACGAUGAUUUUGACUUCAGUGAACGGCCAUUGUUUACUCAGCCUCUAGUCAACACAUUUGCUGUAGCUGGUUACAAUGCUACUUUGAACUGCAGCGUUCGGGGCAACCCCAAGCCCAAAAUAACCUGGCUGAAAAAUAAAGUCGUCAUAAUGAAUGACCCAAAGUACCGAAUGUUCAGCAACCAAGGUGUCUGUACCUUGGAGAUCCGCAAACCCAGCCCCUAUGAUGGGGGUACUUACAGCUGCCGAGCAGUCAAUGAACUUGGAGAGGCAGAAGUUGAUUGCAAACUGGAAGUAAAAGUGAUAUAUCACGGAGUAAUUAACCCAGGAGAACCAUUCUUCUUGGCGGGGAAUAACCAGUUACACAGUAAGGAUUUUUGAAUGUAUAGUGUCAUCUAAGGUGGGCUUUCAUACUUCAGACUACUGAUGGAUGGAGUGCCUCCACAUAUCAUUGCUUCAUAUAUGCGUGAAGUACAGGCAAACAAAACUGAGGGGAAGUGAAAGUCCGUCCACAGUGUUUCCUCCCACUGCACUGGAAAGCGGUAGCAGAACAACAGCAUUUUAGUUCUUGCAAUGACAGAACAAACGUGUGGCUGGGCAUUUUCUUGCCCCCUCCCCCCCCCCCCCCCUUUUUUUUUGUUUCUUACUUGUUGUUUUGUUUUUCCUACCUGCUCUUACUGAAAAGAAAGAAUACGCAUGGAUUGCUUUGAGGUUGAAAUUAAAUGAUCUGAAGACAACACACAUUUUGUAAUGUUCAGCUUUAUUUUCUGUUUGAUGUUGUGGUCUGUUUUUUGAUGAGGAAAGAGGAGAAGCUGUGUAAUAAACACCAGGAGGCAGUCAGAGUUUGUACUUGGUGGUACAAAGCAUACUUUUCUCAGACUGAAAGUACAUGGAUUAGCCAGUAGCUGUGCAAUAAGACCCUUGGAAUACAUACCUCUUUGAUAAUGUACCUUAUUCACCUGAUAAUUGUUUAACAAUAUGGUUUUACUAUAACGUAAUUAAUACGUUAUGAUGAAUUAAUAUGUUACUUAAUGAUCAUUUAAGCUAAACAUAUCUUCCUUUAGAAGUUUUGGUUUCCUAAAUCCAACCCACCAGUCUCUCAACUGACCUGAAAUUGUUUUAUUUAAUGUACAAUAAAUAUGAAGUGUUCAAGAUCUAUCAAGUUCUUGUUUACUGUUUUUUUAGGUUUUUUUCCAUCUCAUCUUACUAUGCUUCUUGUUUAAUUACUGUAAAGCAGGAACUUGAAUCCACCACAUUCAGUGGAAAACAGUAUCAGCGGUCACCUGACCCAAUGGGCUUACAAUGUAAGAUACAUGAUACAGAAUGUGAGUAAAGAUAAAUACAUGCAAUUUUGUAUCUACAUGUUUUCAAUAUCUUCAAUAUUAUACAUGUUAACCCCGGUGGUUUUCAUCAUUUUGGAUCCACCCCUUUCCUCAGCAGUUCAUGGAGCUCAUGUAGGUAUCUUAGCAGAAAAGGGACUCAGACCAUAUCACUAGCGAGUUUACUGUGCAAGGCAAAAAUGCCUUAGACAAGGCAAAAAGGCUACGUUACUUUUCCAACUCUAGCGAUGUUAAACUUCAAGUGUUGCAGGGGUGGGGGUGAUUGUAAGUCUUCAGCAGACUCUGAAGCAUGGUCACACAUAACUUGGCCAGGUUGUCGAUUCCCUGUUGCCCUGUCAUUUAUUUACCAGUUCUCACUCUGGCUGUAUAGAUAGGGUAGGUGCUUACUGACUAAUGAUUGAUCUCCAAUUAUUGUUUAUAAAGACAAAGGUCUAUUUAGACCAGUAGUACGUUACAAGAUUCUUUUUGAUGUCAGCACAUUUUCAAACACCCAGCAAUCAGUAAUUAUGCAAUAAUAAAAGCAUGUGUUACUAUGAACUGGUGUUUUUGCAGUUGAAUUACCACUUCUUUCACUGUAGGGAUCUGAAUGAAUGUUCUCACUUUGUUCUGCAAAUCUCGCUUGCUCAAAGAUCCUUCUUCUUCUUUCUCUCCUUUCUAUCUUUGUGAUUUCUUCUGGGCUGACAUUUUUGCAAGAAAGCAGUUCUCCAUUCCCAGUGAUCCUGGACACCCCUCCACCUGCAUUUCACCCUACUCCUGUCAAAAUCAAUUCUCUCCUACACAUCCAUUCACACCUACACACGAAAGACAUCUACUAAGAAGAAAAUAUAAUAAAGGAUUAAUAAUAUCUCUUUAUUCUGUAUCUCACCAGUGAAUCGGACUCCCUUCAUAUCUUCUGAAGCACAGAAGGCUGUGGGAGAGGGUCGGUUUGAAUAUAUGCCAUGCAGAUUUAAGCACUUAGGCACAUAGCCCUCAUUUAAAAUAGUAUCAGUCAGUUGAGAUCUAUUAUAGCCAGCACAAAAAGCUAUAGCGAGUUUGUGCUUUUCAGUAAGCCAAAAAGGAUGUGCAUGGCCAUCUGCAUGUUGUAUGCAAUGACGUUUACAGCUUGAAGCUUAUGUUAUCUAUCUGCCUCCUCAGUCUCAACUGUACGUUAUAACCUAUAUAGCCAGAAUAAAUCUCAGCUUCUGUAGGCUCUCUGCCGAUGGAAUCAGCUACUCGUAAUUUCUACCAGAUGCCAGCAGUGUUAAAAGACAAGCUGAACUAAGCUAUUUUUCACUGUAUGGACGGUAAGCAUUCUAUUCGGAUGCCCUUAAUUCUUCCCCAGUUGCAUUGCCCAGCACUUGCCGUCGGCUGUCCCUCAGGCUCGAGAUGGGCCACGCCAAUAGGAAGUACUGGGUAUCAGGCUGUGGGUGGACUAAGAUGAAUGAGCAUUGGUGUGCUAUGAAUUCAUACCCUCACUAACUAUCCUGACCAGCCAAGCCUCUGGAUUAAAAAUUAAUUGAAAAUUACUCUGAGAGGAAUGAUAGGAUGGGGUGGGAUAUGAAAGGCAUUUCUAACAGAUCUAAAAUAGGCUGCAGAACCUUAAACAAAGAAUAACAAAAGAUAAAGUUUUGAUUUAUGAUGACUUGCCUAAUGGGAUUCUCCAGGGAUCAUGUUUGAUAGAUGAAAUAAAGUGACAAAAACCAAGAGAGUUAAGAAAAUGCUAAUGAAAUCUGCCAUUAAUACCAGUUUAGGAGAAUAAAGACAUACCAAAGAUGACAAAAACUACAGGCAAAGCAACCUAGAAAGGAUAGAAGCAACAAAAUAUCUUGCUGUAGAAGAUAUGGCCCAGUACUCCCAGGAUGAAAUUUCUCCAAAUUCUGCUCUCGUGGAAUUUCCAGGGAAUUAACAAAACUCAGAGAGACCUAGGAGUAACACAGGACAUUAAAUAAAACCUGAUUAUAUCAUAAAAAAUAACACAAACCACAAAAGCUCCAGAAGUAAAACUAGUAGUGCUUUUAUGGCUUAUGGUUGUGUUCCCUGAUGUCUCACAAUAUAUGAAACCAGUUUAAACCUUCAGCCAGUUGCAUUAUUCAUAUUAUCUGUUUGCUAUGUACACUCUCCAUCGAUUAGUACGUGCUGAGGUUAUAGUUCAGUAGCACCUUUCUCUUUUCUGCACACUUUCACAUAUCUGGUAAGAUUUUAGUAUUCCUGAAAGCUCUGCCUUGGUGUUGAGUUUGACUUACACAGGUAAAGGAAAGUUAUUACUUGGAAUAAGAGGGCAGACCCACACAUGUAUACACACACAGAUAAACAGAGAAAGAAGAAUCAAAGUUAAACAAAAAAAGGGUUUGUUUUUUUUAAGGAAGCCAAGGGAAAAUAUUUUAUCUUCUCUUGGCUUGCUCUUCUUGCCUAUGAAAGGGCAUCAGGCAUAUAAAUGUUACUGUUGUAUAAAUACAGAUCCAUUCUCAGAUUGCUGCAUGUGGAGCUUGACACAGGCAUAGUAGCUACUACCUGUUUGUACUGAAAGAUCAUGGCCAGUGCCAGCCUAUUUUUCCCUCACUGAAAGCAAUCUCACAAAUACAGAAAGGGAAGGAGAAAAAACACAUGCAAAUCUUUGAAGGAAUGCUUACAUUGGUAUAUGCUGUUUAUAAGGAGGUCUUUACUGAGAGUCAGAAAUGUUUUAAGCUUCCUGUACUUCUUUUCUUGG